AUGGCAGUCCUGGAAUCACUGGACUGCUUAGCCAGCCAGGCAGAAGCAUCCCAGGAAAUGUGUCGGGCUGCGUCCAUGGCAACUUUCAUGUCAGAAAAAGUGAAGACGCAGCUGAACCAUCGCCGCUUGGGAGAAUCCCUUCAACAGCAUUUGUGGGAGGCAACGGGCUCUGGAGAUUUACCGUGGCUUAUUGGCACAGUGUUGCACGAAGUCAAGGAAAUCAAGCUAGCCAUGCAGUCGCAAGAGGAAACGGCUCAGCUUCUCAGCAGCUCCUGUGAUGAGCUUCUUCUUGCCGCAUCUAUGCAGAUUCAGGCUCGCAGUAACCAAGAUGGCGCAGAAGCUGCCAGUGUGCUGCAGCAGGUGGGCUACAGUUCAUACAGCUUGGCAAUGCUCUCGGGAGAUAUCGUGCAGCUCAGCUGUUUGGAAAUGCGAUUGGAGGAGUACCUGAGAUUGAGCAGUGACACAGCAAUGCAGCUUGAAUUGGUUGGCCCGCUCUGUUGUGCCUUGAUGCCUGUCCUUACUCCGUUGCAGGGGCAGUUGACGCAAAGCCACUUAGAGGAAAGCUUGAUCCGAGCUGUGAAGUGGAAGCACAUGCGCGACAGCUGGUGGUUCUGGCUUUGGAGCUGUUGCGGCCUAUUUCGCCUGAAGCUAGACUGA